UGAAUGUUAUUUAAUUUGAAUUACAUUGUAUAUGUAGUGAUUUAAAACAUAUUUAUUUAUUUCAGUGUCUGAAUAUGAAACAAUGGACUUUGUGAAAUUGCGCGUAUCAAAUCGCUACAUGUUUACGGGGAGGAGAAAUGCCUCUCGACUGGCCUGGAGGGCCAUCCUCAAACACAUGGGCUUGCAGGGGAAGAUGACUGCCAGUCAGGCAAUGAAAAAAUGGGAAAAUCUGAAGAAGAGAUACAAGGAGCUGAAGUACCCUCCCCCAGGGGUGCAGGUGUUCCCCCACAGUUGGCGUUGGUACGAUCUGAUGAGUGACGCAAUGGAGGGGCGUCUGGCAGGCUCAGCCCCCAUCAUCGGCCCACUCCCCCCGGGCACUAGCGACAGUGAUUUUCUCCCUGACGCCCGGCCCAGGAAGAGAUCCAUGAUAGGCGGAAUAGGGGUGAUGGGGAUGCACUGCGACCUGGAUGAGAUGGACACCGAGAGGGCGACCCUGGAGACCGAACGGGCGGCAUUGGAGGGCGAGCGAGAGGUGAUGGGGAGAGAGCGGAUGGCGCUGGAGAGAGAGCAAGCAGGGCUGGAACGAGAGAUGGCCAACCUGGACCGGGAGCGUGCCCAACUGGAGAGGGAGAAGGCAGCGGUGGAGAGGGAGAGGGGGCUGAUAGAGAAGGAGAAAGCGCAGGUGGCCAGAGACAGGCUGGCUGUGGACAGAGACAGAGUUCUACUGGCGGAGGGUAGAGCAGCGGAGGAGAACGGUGCGGAAGGACAAAGCUGUAAAACAGGAGGACAGAGGGUCGUUGGGUCGUUGGAAAGAACCGAGAGAUUCCUCAAGAUGUUUGAAAAGUUGGUUGAACGUAUGUGAAGAACAAUUACAUUUUUGUUUACACUAGACUAUUCAAUUGGAAAGUAAUUGGAUAUCAUUUGUAUUGGUUUUAUUUUCUAUGAAUGUACAAAGUUUUCAAUUACAAAUCCUUUUUGUAUUACUGUUCAGAGAUGCCUGUAUGCCUAUUGUUAUCUGGGCUAGAAGUAUUUGAACAUUAACUGCCUAAACAGUUGUACUCAAUCAGUUCAUUUCAAAAUCAGUUUGCAGUUACACACCUUACCGGUCAAUUUUCAAUUAAAAUGUUAAGCCAUUGAGGUCAUCAAAACAACUUUAUUCAAUUGUGGUAUUUCCAUACAAAGCACACAAUAGCAGGCUGUUUCCUCUUGUUAACCCCAUCCACACCCAACAGAAACCCCUCCCCAGUCAUACAAUAGUCUUGAUCUUUAUUGAUAUAGGCUAUUGUGGUCAUAACAAGAACUUUGAAAUGUAAUAUGCCAAAUAUUGCAGUUCAUGUAAAAAAAA